CGCACAAAUUUUAAUCAGCUCCAAAAGCUUCGGCCGUCGACAAUAAACAACAGCAAACGCUAAACCGAAACGAAUCGAAUUCAAUCGCUGCAAAAAUUGUAUGCAAAAGACGUCGCGAGUGCAAAAAAAAAAGUGACACAAAAAGAAUUUCUAAUUAAACUAAUUCAAAAUGAUUUCCAUUAAAUCCGAAUCUGUGGCUCAACUUUCGUUGCUGCUCCUUGGACUAACAUCUUUGGCAUUGGGCGAUGUUUCGCAUUUACCGCCAGCUAAUUUGGAAUACUCGAUAACGCCCAGCUCGCAGGUUGCCUACUAUCAUUAUCCGGCGCCGCGAGGACAACAACUGCGUCAGGUGGCACGUCAAUUCGCUGCCCCCGCUCUGGAGCAUGCCGCAUUCACCCAGGCGCUGACAAGUCGUGGCUAUGUCUUUGGGGCUGGCAACACGGCAGCUGCCUCUGCCCCACUCACUGCGGCUGUGGCACCGAGUGCAACGGGACGCUCGAUUGCUGCCCCAGCGACGCAUGCCGAUGGCAAUUCCUUGAACCUUAAGCUGCCCGUGCCCUUUGGCGUGAUGCCACUGAAUGUGGCACACUUGCCGCUCCAAGCUGGUGCCCCAUAUGCCUCGGUGCCACAUACCACGGGCUUGACUUCGUAUGGCACGGCGCAAGUGCAACGGCGAUAGACGAAAGCUUUGCAGCUUGCAAGUCUCUAUUUCAUAAGCCUGACUGAGAGUGUGUGUGUGUGUAAGUGUAUGUGUAUGAGUGUGCGAGUGUGAGACUAGUGAAUACUCAAAAUAUCGAUAUCUAUAUGUACGAAAUAAUACUCGUAAAUAAAGUAAAAGCGACGUUGCUAUAGAAAUACAGAGCUUCGA